AUGGACAGAUGCCAAAUUGAGGAUGAUGGCAUAAUGGAGGACAUCACAAGGAAGAGGAGGACAUCACAAGGAAGAGGAGGGAAUCGCAAGGAAGAGGAGGACAUCACAAGGAAGAGGAGGAACACACGAGGAAGACAUCACAAGGAAGAGGAGGAACACACAAGGAAGAGGAGGACAUCACAAGGAAGUGGAGAAACACACAUAGAAGAGGAGACCAUUGCUAGGAUACAGUGUAUCCACUACGAGUCCAGAGAACGGGAACAGAGAUCCGCUGCAACCAGCCAUGGAAGAAAGGAAACAGGACAACCAGACCCUUCCACUGUCAAAGGUCAGGAAGAUUACAUCACCUGCCAGCAAGAGUACCAAGAGCUGGACACAAGACGAACACACAGUGAGGAGAAGUACAUUGCCAGGGUACCAGAUAUCCAUUAUGCCAGCAGCCAUUUAUUAGUCAAAGUGAGAGCAAAUCAAUCACUUGUUAGGAUAAGUCCAGGGAGCAGGAAUCAACAGCAGCCAACCAUGGAAGAAAGGGGCACAGUGGAGGUAUGGAGCCAGCACCACUUUCAGGAAGAGAAGAGCAUUGCCAGAAUAUGGGGUAUCCAGUAUGUAAGCAACAGGCCAACAUUGUCCAAAGUGGAAGAUGAGGAUCACCCAAGGAAGAAGAGGACAUCACAAGGAAGAAGAGGACAUCACAAGGAAGAGGAGGAACACACAAGGAAGAGGAAGACAUCACAAGGAAGAGGAGGACAUCACAAGGAAGAGGAGGAACACACAUUGAAGAGGAGGACAUCACAAGGAAGAGGAGGAACACACAUAGAAGAGGAGGCCAUUGCUAGGAUACAAGAACACAUAUCACUCUUUAGGAGUCCAGAGAACGGGAACAGAGAUCCGCUGAAACCAGCCAUGGAAGAAAGGAAACAGGACAACCAGACCCUUCCACUGUCAAAGGUCUGGAAGAUUACAUCACCUGCCAGCAAGAGUACCAAGAGCUGGACACAAGAUGAACACACAGUGAAGAAGAGUACAUUGUCAGGAAUAAUGCUUUGGCAAAUGAUCACACUGAAGAGAGCAAAUCAAUCACUUGUUAGGAUAAGUCCAGGGAGCAGGAAUCAACAGCAGCCAACCAUGGAAGAAAGGGGCACAGUGGAGGUAUGGAGCCAGCACCACUUUCAGGAAGAGAAGAGCAUUGCCAGAAUAUGGGGUAUCCACUAUGUAAGCAACAGGCCAACAUUGUCCAAAGUGGUGACAAGGAUGGACAGAUGCCAAAUUGAGGAUGAUGGCAUAAUGGAGGACAUCACAAGGAAGAGGAGGACAUCACAAGGAAGAGGAGGGAAUCACAAGGAAGAGGAGGACAUCACAAGGAAGAGGAGGAACACACGAGGAAGACAUCACAAGGAAGAGGAGGAACACACAAGGAAGAGGAGGACAUCACAAGGAAGUGGAGAAACACACAUAGAAGAGGAGACCAUUGCUAGGAUACAGGGUAUCCACUACCUUCAAUCUUGUGGCAGAGAACACAUAUCACUCUUUAGGAGUCCAGAGAACGGGAACAGAGAUCCGCUGAAACCAGCCAUGGAAGAAAGGAAACAGGACAACCAGACCCUUACACUGUCAAAGGUCAGGAAGAUUACAUCACCUGCCAGCAAGAGAACCAAGAGCUGGACAGAAGAUGAACACACAAAUAAUGCUUGGCAAAUGAUCACACUGAAGAGAGCAAAUCAAUCACUUGUUAGGAUAAGUCCAGGGAGCAGGAAUCAACAGCAGCCAACCAUGGAAGAAAGGGCACAGUGGAGGUAUGGAGCCAGCACCACUUUCAGGAAGAGAAGAGCAUUGCCAGAAUAUGGGGUAUCACUAUGUAAGCAACAGGCCAACAUUGUCCAAAGUGGACAAUACAAUGAAGAUGAGGAUCACACAAGGAAGAGGAGGACAUCACAAGGAAGAGGAGAACCACACAUUGAAGAAGAGGACAUCACAAGGAAGAGGAGGACCACACAAGGAAGAGGAGGACAUCACAAGGAAGAGGAGGAACACACAUAG